AUGAAUACAAAGACGACGAAUGCAAAGACGACGAAUACAAAGAACAGAGGCGACGAAUACAAAGACGACGAAAACAAAGACGUAGAAUACAAAUACGACAAUUACAAAGACGACGAAUACAAAGACGACGAAUACAAAGACGACGAAUACAAAGACGACGAAUACAAAGACGACGAUUACAAAGACGACGAAUACAAAUACGAUGAAUACAAAGACGACGAAUGCAAAGAAGACAAAUACAAAGACGACGAAUACAAAGACGACGAAUACAAAGAUGAUGAAAACAAAGAUGACGAAUACAAAUACGAUGAAUACAAAGACGACGAAAACAAAGACUACAAAGACGACGAAUACAGAGGCGACGAAUACAAAGACGACGAAAACAAAGACGUAGAAUACAAAUACGACAAUUACAAAGACGACGAAUACAAAGACGACGAAUACAAAGACGACGAAUGCAAAGACGACGAAUACAAAGACGACGAUUACAAAGACGACGAAUACAAAUACGAUGAAUACAAAGACGACGAAUGCAAAGACGACGAAUACAAAGACGACGAAUACAGAGGCGACGAAUACAAAGACGACGAAAACAAAGACGUAGAAUACAAAUACGACGAUUACAAAGACGACGAAUACAAAUACGAUGAAUACAAAGACCACGAAUGCAAAGACGACGAAUACAAAGACGACGAAUACAAAGACGACGAAUACAAAGACGAGGAAAACCAAGACGUAGAAUACAAAUACGACAAUUACAAAGACAACGAAUACAAAGGCGACGAAUACAAAGACGUCGAAUGCAAAGACGACGAAUACAAAGACGACGAUUACAAAUAUGACGAUUACAAAGACGUAGAAUACAAAUACGACAAUUACAAAGACGACGAAUACAAAUACGAUGAAUACAAAGACGACGAAUGCAAAGACGACGAAUGCAAAGACGACAAAAACCAAGACGUAGAAUACAAAUACGAUGAUUACAAAGACGACAAAUACAAAUACGAUGAAUACAAAGACGACGAAUGCAAAGACGACGAAUACAAAGACGACGAAUACAAAGGCGACGAAUACAAAGACGACAAAAACAAAGACGUAGAAUACAAAUACGACGAUUACAAAGACAACAAAUACAAAUACGAUGAAUACAAAGACCACGAAUGCAAAGACAACGAAUACAAAGACGAUGAAUACAAAGACGACGAAUACAAAGACGACGAAUACAAAGACGACGAAUACAAAGACGACGAAAACAAAGACGUAGAAUACAAAUACGACGAUUACAAAUACGAUGAAUACAAAGACGACGAAUGCAAAGAAGACAAAUACAAAGACGACGAAUACAAAGACGACGAAUACAAAGACGAUGAAAACAAAGAUGACGAAUACAAAUACGAUGAAUACAAAGACGACGAAAACAAAGACGAAGAAUACAAAUACGAUGAAUACAAAGACGAAGAAUACAAAGUUGACGAAUACAAAGACCACGAUUACAAAUACGACGAAUACAAAGACGACGAAAACAAAGAUGACGAAUACAAAUACGAUGAAUACAAAGACGAAGAAUACAAAGUUGACGAAUACAAAGACCACGAUUACAAAUACGACGAAUACAAAGACGACGAAUACAAAUACGAUGAAUACAAAGACGACGAAUACAAAGAUGACAAAUACAAAUACGAUGAAUACAAAGACGAAGAAUACAAAGUUGACGAAUACAAAGACCACGAUUACAAAUACGACGAAUACAAAGACGACGAAUACAAAUACGAUGAAUACAAAGACGACAAAUACAAAGAUGACAAAUACAAAUACGAUGAAUACAAAGACGAAGAACACAAAGGCGACAAAAACCAAGACGUAGAAUACAAAUACGAUGAAUACAAAGACGACGAUUGCAAAGACGAGAAUAUGACGUAUAGGAAGACGAAUAUGCUUACAGUGGCAGUAAAGCAUCACACUUUCACCAAUAUGACAACAUCAUGA